UUUAAUACAGAAUUAGGAAGUUCUGUUUAUCAAAAAUUUUAUUAGAAUUUUGCUCUUAAACUGUUUUGUUCUGUUUGUAAGACCUCGAGAAUUUAUUAUCUCCACAUUGUUUUUUCAUUUUCUUCUUUGUUUAAUGGCCAUUUUUUCAGUGUUAUCUCAAUCCAUGAUAUAACUUCAGGAAGUUGUUCCUUGUAUGAUUUUUGAACAAACAGACUUGACGAACCAGUGGUGUAGACCAAGGACCAAAUAUAUAUUAUCGAAGCUCAGAAUGGUAUACAAUUUUCGAGUAUUUAAAAAACAAUCUCCUAAUGGAAAACUUACCAUGUACCUGGGGAAGAGGGAUUUUGUGGAUCACAUAUCUGGUGUAGAACCAAUUGAUGGUGUAGUCGUUAUUGAUGAUGACUACAAGAACCGCAAAAUUUUUGGCCAAGUAAUCUGCAGUUUCCGUUAUGGCCGCGAAGAAGAUGAGGUUAUGGGAUUAAAUUUUCAAAAAGAUCUAUUUUUGGUUUCUGAACAACUCUAUCCUUUACCUGAGAAAUCAGUAACAACCAAACUUCAAGACAGAUUAAUGAGAAAAUUAGGAGACAAUUGUUAUCCAUUUACAUUUAUUUUACCACCUAGUGCACCAGCUUCAGUCACUCUUCAACCGGGUUCUGAAGAUGAAGGACAACCAUGCGGUGUUCAUUAUUAUGUUAAAUUAUUUGUGGGUGAAAAUGAGACUAAUCGUUCUCACAAAAGAAAUGCUGUUAUGAUGGGUAUUAGAAAAGUUCAGUUUGCUCCAACUAAACAGGGAAGGCAACCUUGCACUGUUGUUAGAAAAGAUUUUAUGUUAAGUCCAGGUGAACUAGAACUGGAGGUUACGUUAGAUAAACAGCUAUAUCACCAUGGAGAAAAAAUAACUGUGAACAUUUGCGUACGAAACAAUAGUAACAAAAUAGUAAAAAAAAUCAAGGUAAUGGUACAGCAGGGUGUUGAUGUUGUUUUAUUUCAAAAUGGCCAGUAUCGAACGUCUGUGGCAAGUAUUGAAACUCAAGAAGGUUGUCCCAUUCAGCCAGGAUCAAGCCUACAGAAAGUGGUUUAUUUGCAACCUCUUUUGUCGUCAAAUAAAGACCAUAGAGGCAUCGCUCUGGAUGGCCAAUUAAAAAAACAGGAUUUAAAUUUAGCUUCCACUACUCUAUUAGCAUCACCUGAUCAACGUGACGCCUUUGGAAUUAUUGUCUCGUAUGCUGUAAAAGUGAAAUUGUACUUAGGAGCACUAGGUGGAGAAUUAUCUGCAGAGCUACCAUUUGUUCUUAUGCAUCCCAAGCCCAAUUCAAAAGGAAAACUUAUUCAAUCUGAUAGUCAAGCAGAUGUUGAAACAUUUCGACAAGAUACAAUUGAACCAGAUGUAGAUGAAGAUAAAUAUGAUUAAAACAUGAGAUUAAGUGUUUGUUGAUACCUUGUUUAUUAUUAUUAAAUAUUUAUAUGCCUAAUAUUACUAUUUAUC